UGUAUUGUUUUGUUUAUUUAAUUAGAAUGUAUGAAAUCUCGAAUAAAUAUAAUCAUAAUUUAAAUUAAUAUAAUGAAAGAUUAAUAAUAUUUAUAAAUAUAAUAUAAAUUUGUUACAUUGAUUGUAUAUCUCAAUUUAAAGUUUUAUAACAAAUUGUUCUAGGUAGUUACUUUUCUAUUAGUACCAGUAGAAGUGUACUAUAAUUAUAAUAAUUAUUAUAAUUAUAACAUAAAUAAUUAAAUAUAAUAUUAAUACUGUACUGUAUAACACCAUGCUAUAACCAUUACAUUACAGUGCAAUACAAAAAAAGUAUUAAAUUAAAUUUAAAAAUAUACAAACUAACUACAAUAUAAAAACACAAAGGAGAUGACAAAAAUGCCUUCAGAUAAUCAAAUGUCUGGAGCAGAUGCGUUCGAGUUGGUGUGCGACAACUUGAACUCACCCAACUUCGAAUCAUCCGUUGGUGCCAAUGAGGAUGACGUCACCUUCCUUUCCGACCUACUCAACAACAUUGUCGUCUACGGGCUCGUUCAGGCUCACGAAGUUUUGGAAGAAGAUCCCGGCCAGCCAGUGAGUUGCGACAACAUCGAACUGCUGCGGGGCAUCAAUGACGACCUCGCUGUUUUGGCCCUCAAAAACCAGCAUGCCAAGGAACUCUACACCAUCAUCAGAGGCCCUUAUUUCAAGUCGGUGAUAGAGACGCACGAUGAUGUUGCCUCGAAGAACUUCGAAGCCCUCCCCGACAUGUUCCCCAUCGCCAGCACCCAGCCACAAAUCUUCCCCAUCCACACGACGGACGCAAUUAGGAUGGUUGGGAUCAGGAAGAAUCCGGAUGAGUCAUUGGGGAUCACGGUCAGGAGCGAGGAGAAUGGACUGGUAGUUGCCAGGAUAUUGGCCGGCAACAUGAUCGACAAACAGGGUCUGCUGCACGUUGGUGACGUCAUCAAGGAGAUAAACGGCCAGGAGGUGAACAGUCCGGAGCAGAUGAACGACCUGCUGAAGAAGUCCAACGGCAACAUCACCAUGAAGAUCCUGCCCACCAUGGAAGAUCUCUCUCUCUCCACAUUGAUCUUUUUAAAAGCCCACUUCGACUACGAUCCGCACCGAGACAACUUGAUCCCAUCAAGGGAGGCAGGGCUAAGUUUCAAAGAUGGAGACAUCCUGCAAGUCAUCAAUAAAGAUGAUCCGAGCUGGUGGCAGGCGAAAAAGGUGGGAGACGAUUCAUCUGGACUCAUUCCCUCGCAACAACUCGAGGAAAAAAGGAAGGCAUUCGUCAGGCCCGAGUUCGACUACACGCACAACUCGCUGCUGUGCGGAAUUAUAACGAAGAAGAAGAAAAAGAUGAUGUACCAUUCUAAGCAGAGCACCGAAUUUGACAAAAGCGAGUUAGCAAUUUACGAGGAGGUUGCCCGCAUGCCCCCUUUCCAACGAAAGACCCUCGUUCUGAUUGGGGCGCAGGGCGUGGGUAGGCGAACAUUCAAACAACGACUCAUCAAGGCCGAUCCUACUAGAUUCGCUUCCGUCCUUCCACACACAAAUAGUCCUCUGGAACCUGGAGAAGAAAAUGGCGAGUCGUAUUGGCACGUGACGACUGAUGAGAUGAUCCAGGACAUCGCGGCCAACAAGUUCCUCGAGUACGGCGAGUACGAAGGGUACUUUUACGGUAUCAAACUGGACACCGUGAGGCAGUGCGUGCGAUCCGGCAUGAUGUGCAUCCUUGAUAUUAGUCCUCAGGCCUUGAAAGUAAUAAAAGUUGCGGAAUUCAUGCCUUACGUUGUCUUCCUAGCUGCCCCAGGAGUUGAGAUCCAGAGGAAUAUGUACGAGUGGGCGCGUAUGCAGAGGAAGAUUGACAAGUACAAAUCCGAACGUGAUUUCCGUUCGACACACGAGGAGAGUGCGAAAAUUGAGCGGCAGUACAAGCACUACUUCGACCUGACCAUCGUCAACGACAACUUCGACGAGACCUACAAUCGACUGAGGAGGGCCAUAGAGUUGUUGAGCACGGAGGCCCAGUGGGUCCCCAUCACCUGGGUCUACUGAUCCCUUACGCCCUCCUCCUCCUCAAUCCCUUCUCUUCCAUGCCACCAUUAAUUGAAUUGUUUGUUUAAUAGUUAUAAUGUUAACAUUCAUCCUGAAACCUUUACUGCCGAGAUUAAUUCAUUCCAACUGCCUUCAUUCAUUCUUAAUUUAGAUUUCGUGUCACUAGUUUAUAAUGUAUCAUUGUAACAUAAUAAACAUCAUUCACGUAUAAAUUCUAUUUUUUUUUUUAUCAAUAGUUAGUAAGAAAUAAUCAUUGACGUAUAAAUUAAAAAAAUAAAUUUCAUUGAAUGCUUUAAUUAAUUGCAUUAAUUAAAUACUUGGCGUGCCGAAAAUUUUACAAUUUUCAAAACCCAUUCAUCAUAAUUCUCGUCCAACCUUACAACCAAUGAUGUGAAAUUAUUUAUAUUCAUUGAAUUGUUGUUCAUUUUUUACUAAUUAGUGUUACAACGUAUUACUCUCAUGAAUUUAUUUAAGAAAU